AGGACUUAGCGGGGUAUUGUAAAAUUAUUAUGGCUAUUGACUGUAACAACUAGGCCUUUCCUUUUCCAACUUCUGUUCAAAGUUUUCUACUUGGAAGAGCAAUGCUAGAUUCGAGUUUAACUUUACCUGAUUCUCAAGUGACCCCUAACAAUAUGAGGACGGAAUCUACUUCGGAUUCUGAUUCUUUGUUGUUUGAGUUUUCAAAAGUUGGUGUAGUUAGCUCAUCUUUUUCUGGAACUUAUUCAAAAGAUAUUCCAGAACUACUGAGUCUAGGACUUCGUUUCUCAAAUUUUCAAUUUGGAGAGCAAUUUCCGAGUUUAUUGGUGCCAGAUCACUAUAAAGCUUACAGCAAAUUAAUAUUAGUUAACCAUCUCACCUCAAGUGAAAACUAUCGUCUUAAUUUUAAAGAAUUUUGUCCUCAAGUUUUUCGAGAUUUGCGCAACAGAUUUGGAAUUACGGAAAAAAACUUUUUGCGUUCUUUAUCGGAAAAUCAAAUUGAAGUAUAUGUUACCAAAAGGAGCGAUCCGAAUCUUUUUAUUUCCCUAGAUAAGAAGUUUAUAAUCAAAUGCAUAGCUAAAGAAGAGUUGCACUGUCUUAUCAAGCAUCUCUCCUCUUAUAGAGACUACGUAGUUGAAAAUUGGUCUAAAACUUUACUUCCACGCUACUUUGGAGUUUAUCGAGUGAAAAGCAAACAACUGUCCUCCAAACACCUGUUAGUUAUGAAUAAUAUAUUUUCUACUUUUAAAGUGGUGGAAAGAUAUGGCUUGAAGGGAUCUACAGUUGAAAGAACUUCAAAAGAACGGAAAAAAGAGGGCUCCCCUCAUGAAGAUGCUCAUCCUGUCUUGAAGGAUAACGAUUUUCGACAGGCUCGAAGGAAACUUAUACUUCCGAGUGCAGAGGUUAAAGAAUUUAAGGAGGAUUUUCUUCGUGAUACAGAUUUUCUUGCUCAGAAUAAAUUAAUGGACUAUAGUUUGUUAUUUGGUGUAGCAGAAAACCCUCAAACUUAUAUAAAAGCGGAAAAUACUCGCAUUCUUCAAAGUAAUAACGAAUUGUACUUUUUCGGCUUGAAAAACUGUCUUACUGAUUAUUCCCACCGAAAAAAAGUUGCUCAUUCAGCAAAGUCUAUAAAAUACGGAACAAAAGCUGAAGUAUCAACUGUAAAUCCGGCUUAUUAUGCAAAGAGAAUUUACGAGUAUGUCGACUCCGUUAUUACUGGAAUUUGA